AUGGCCACCGCCGCGGAUCGCUUCAACAUCAACAGUCAGCUCGAGCACCUGCAGUCUCGGUACGUUGGCACUGGGCACGCGGACACCAACAGGUUCGAGUGGGCGGUGAACAUACACAGGGACAGCUACGCGUCGUACUACGGGCACCACACCAUGCUCCAGUACUUCGCCAUCGCCGAGAACGAGAGCAUCGGGCGCGUCAAGUACAACAUGAUGCAGAAAAUGCUGCUUCCGUGCGGCCUGCCGCCCGAGAGGGAGGAGGAGUGA